GUUGCCUCUGUUCUUCCCACCUACACCAUGGAUAGAUGAUCUUGGCCCCGCCCCACCAUGCUGCAGACGCGUGGCCGCUACUUACUCCUCUUCUUGGGGGUGCAGCUGGUGGUGAUGGCCCUUCUGUACCACGAGGGCUACCGCAAGCGGGUGGCCUAUUUCCUGGGCAUCUUCUACAAGGGGGGCACAUCAACUGUGCUGGCCAGCCUGCACAACGCAUCACUGCCGGGAGAUGUCUAUGCCAACCUCAGCCUGAUUGCCCGGCCCCCUUUGCCUCCAGAGGACCUCCCCUACUGCCCCGAGACAUCUCCUUUCCUCGGAGGCCCCAUUCGGGUGACCUUCCCCCGAGGGCUGUCGCUGGAAGAUAUAGUGCAGAAGAAUCCUUUCGUGAGCAAAGGCGGGCGCUACCGCCCCCCUGACUGUGACGCCACCCACAAAACCGCCGUCAUCAUCCCCCACCGCAACCGGGAGCAGCACCUCAAGUACCUGCUCUACUACCUACACCCCUUCCUGCAGCGCCAGCAGCUCAACUAUGGCAUCUACAUCAUACACCAGGCCGAGAACUAUACUUUCAAUCGGGCCAAGCUCUUGAACGUUGGCUUCAAAGAGGCUAUGAAGGACGAGGACUGGGACUGCAUGUUCUUCCAUGACGUGGACCUCAUCCCCGAGGACGACCGCAACUUGUACACCUGUGACCGCUUUCCCAAGCAUGUGGCUAUUGCCAUGGACAAGUUCGGCUACAAGCUUCCCUACAAGACCUACUUUGGGGGAGUUUCAGCACUCAGUCCAGAGCAAUACAUGAAGAUGAACGGCUUUCCCAACAACUACUGGGGCUGGGGUGGAGAAGAUGAUGACAUCGCAGUCCGGGUGGCGCUGAGUGGGAUGUUGAUUUCUCGUCCAUCUGUUCAGUAUGGCCGUUACCGAAUGAUCAAGCAUGGGCAUGACAAGGGCAACGAGCAGAAUCCUAAGAGAUUUAACUUGCUGGCCAAGACACGGAGAACGUGGAAGCAGGAUGGUAUGAACACACUAGAGUACCAGCUGCUGUCCAAGGAACUCCACCCCCUCUACACCAACAUCACUGUCUUCAUUGGCACUGAGAAGGGGAUGCGCCAUACGUGACGGGACUCGCCGUGGAGCGGCACAGGACA